CAUCAAAUUUACAACAUUGCAUCACAUACUCCAUGGAUAUGAAUACGAUAUGACAUAAUGACUGGAAACGAAAUCUCGUAUCUUCUGGUUGGCAGUCAAAACUGACAGCAACCCGUACUGCGUGAGAUCGACAUUGAUAUCCAAAGCCGCACCAACAUGCCGCCAGAGCCGUUCCCCGUCCUCGUCCACCCCUUCCCGGGCCCGACGCCCCGGUCCUGCGCGUACGAGGCGGGGUCGCCGACGUCGCCCAACGCCCUCGUCUUCAUCGGCGGCCUGGGCGACGGCCCGCACACGGUGCCGUACGUGCGCGCCCUCGCGGCGCGCCUGCAGUCGGAGCCGGGGCUCGGCUACUCGCUGUUCGAGGUGCGCCUGGCCAGCGCCUUUGGCGGGUUCGGCCACCGGCGCCUCGCCGACGAUGUCGCGGACGUGGCCGCCCUCGUGCGCCACCUCCGCGGCGCCCUCGGGAGGCGCCGCGUCGUCCUGCUGGGCCACUCGACGGGCUGCCAGGACUGCAUGGAGUACACCGACUACGCCCGCCACGGCGCCGAGCCCGUCGACGGCUUCGUCCUCCAGGGGCCCGUCUCGGACCGCGAGGCGUUCGGCCCACUGGUGCCCAGGGAGGAGCUCGAGGCCGGCCUAGCCAGCGCGGCCGAGCUCGUCGGGUCCGGGCGGGGGGACACCAUCAUGCCCAAGGAUAAGAUCGUCGAGAUGUUUGACGCCCCAAUCACGGCCUACCGCUACCAUUCUCUGCUCGCGCCAGGUGGCGACGACGACUUCUUCUCGUCGGACCUUUCCGACGACAUGAUCGCGUCCUUCUGGAGCAAAUUCCAGAAACCGGUGCUCGUGCUGCCCUCUGGCGAGGACGAGCACGUGCCCAAGUCGAUCGAUGCGCCAAAGCUCAUCGCCCGCUGGGCCUCCCUCGCGCCGGAUGGCAUCGUCAGUGACCUCUCGGGUCUUAUCCCGGGAGCUAGCCACACCGUCAGGAACCCAGAGUCACGAGAAUGGAUGACUGAUAGGGUCGUUCGAUUUCUCUCUAGUCUUGAGUGACUAGAUUGCGACACUCAUUCGUACCUCCUCCUCCCCCCCCCUUCUCGCAAUAGUAUUCAGGCCUCAAGGCUGCCUUAAUCUAUGGCAACAGCUGUACACGUACAAUUCGCUUAUUGGCUCUUCUUUGAUCCAUUGCUGUUGUUGGGAAUAGCAGCCAACUCUGCCCUCUCGGCCAUGUCCAAAGCUCUGCAUAUUUUACGGACGGAGCUGAAGAUGAAGCCUGUUCACAGUUGUUCGAUGUCAGUUGGCGAGAAGGUUAUUUGAAGACCCAAAGACAGCCCCAGCGGAGGAUCUGGCUUACCGGCUGGAACCACGGCCCAGGGCAGAUUCAUGCCUACAUAGUAAACCCAGAAAUAGAGGAACUCGGGCCUGCUAUGCGCGAUACCCUUGGACGCAAGGUCGACAGUACUGGUGCCAUAGUACAACGCGACUCCAUAGAUAUGCGCCAUCGAAAGAAGCAGCUGCAACGGGUAGCGCAUGUUACUUCCCCUGACGAUGCAGAAAGCGGUCGCGACAGACAGCGGACCCCAGCACACCUGAGAGAUGGACGAGCCUGUAAGCGGAGCAAGCAGAGAGGGCCAGUACAGGACGUCAAAAGGAGAGCAUGCUGCGUACCACAGAAAUGGCCUCGAUAGUCCAUACGAAGGUGUCGGACGUCAGGUAGCGAGAAUCGCUAAGGGCAUACUCCUUCCACAGCUGCGCGAGCAGGC